AUCUCGAGUACUCUUCUACUAGCAAACAGCUCUCCUCAGAAACUCGCCAAUUAACAAAUGAGAAAGAACUGCACUUCCAAAAUGAGCGCUGAGCAACUCAACGUUAACAUCGACAAAGUCGACUCCCAAAUGGGCGAGCUCCUCACGGCCUUCGAAUCCCACCCUCAAAUGCAACCCCCUGCCACCCACCCAACCCUCUUUUUCCUCUUUGACUUCGUCCGUACAACCCACCGCACGCUGAAGUCCAUCGACGCCGAGAAAUUCCGCACCGGCGACAGCGAGGCCCGCUCGCAGGCGCAGGAGGUCGUCUCCAGGAACCAGUUUGCGAAUAUGCUGGUUAGUGAUCAGACCGGGAAGUUAGCGUUGAUGACGGGUGGGGAUCCGACGAAUCCGUUGGAUUUUGGGGAUGAAAUUCGGGAGAAGGCGAGGAUUUUGACAGAGGUCUGAGUUGGUUGGGACUGUUCUAGCUAUAAGGGGGGGGGGGGUUGUCUGGAUUAUAAUAGAUAUAUGGCAGGUUUUCUGGUACAUGCGACUAUGCUAGUGUCUAGAUCAUGCUACAGCAACGACGAAAGUACGUACGGUACGAACUACAGUCGUAGGUCUAACCAGACUUGACCUCAGAUAGCCUACUAGCGCCGGUGGGGCACGGGGUUAAUCCGGGGUGAUGGGCCAUGACAUACAGAUCGAAUACGAGAUUCCGGAAGUCAUGGGUCGCGUGGGGCAAGGGCAG